AUGCGGCAGGCUGUGUUGCCCAAGGCCUACUUGCUGCUCUAUAACGUCGCCCAGUUCGGGGGCUGGGCCUUCUGCCUCUACCAUCUGCUGAAUCAUGUGGACACCACCCGCAGCCUGGAGGGCACCUAUGCCGUGGCUGGUGAUGCCGUCCGCCUCUUCCAGCUGGCCUCGGCCCUGGAGAUCCUGCACGCCGCGGUGGGGCUGGUGGGCGGCUCGCCGGUGACGGCGCUGAUGCAGUGGGCGGGGCGCAGCAACGUGCUGUUUGGGGUGGUGGGCGCGGUGCCGGAGGUGCAGAACACCGCAGCGGUGGGCGCCAUGUUGCUGGCCUGGGCCCUCUCGGAGGUCACUCGCUACCCUUGGUAUGCCGCCAACCUGGUGGGCGCCUGCCCUCGCUGGCUGACCUGGAUCAGGUAUACCGCCUUCAUCCCGCUGUACCCCGUGGGCGUGGUGGGCGAGAUGUGGAGCGUGUACCAGGCGUUGCCGUUCAUCAAGCAGCGCGGCCUACGCAGCGUGCCGCUGCCCAAUGCCGCCAACUUUGCCUUCGACUAUCCCACAUUCCUGGUGGCGCUGAUGUGCGUCUACCCCUUGCUCUGGUUCCAGCUUUACAGCUUCCUGUUCCGCCAGCGGCGCAAGAAGCUGCAGCCGGCAGGAUCCGCCAAGAAGCGGAACUGA